UCCAUUUCUCAUAGUAGUGAAUUGUAGAACUUCCGAUAACUCAACGGAAAACCGAUUCUAUUAGUGGGGGCUGGGGGCAAUACAACUCAAAUACAACACCCAUUUACUUUUUUCAAUCUCAAGUUUCAUCAAAAGCAAAAAUCUCAUAUAAAUUGUAAUAAAGGACUAGUUUUAUUUGCAGAAUCUUCAUUUCUCUUGAAUUGGGUGUUUGUUUUUGUUUUGAAGAAGAGAGAGAAAGUUGAUGGAUGAUACAAUGGUGCAGCGAGUUUUUGAAGAAGGAGGCAGAGAUUAUAUUCAGCAACCUUCUACUUCUUCCUUUUCUUCCAUUCUUCAAUCUCUUCCUCUUCAUGUAUCUUUUGACCAUGGAUGUUAUUUGCUAAUAAAAUCAAUUCAAGAACUUCGCGAGAAGCGAAAAGGUCUUGUGACUGUGGGAAUCGGCGGUCCUAAUGGCUCGGGCAAAACUAGCUUGGCAGAAAAGGUGACAUCUGUGAUUGGUUGUACUGUUAUAUUGAUGGAGAACUAUCGGAAAGGAGCUGAAGAAUCAAAUGAUUUGGAUUCUAUAGACUUUGAAGCUUUAGUUAGUAAUAUGGAGGACUUAAUGAAAGGUAAAGAUACUGCAGUACCAGUAUUUGAUUUCCAAGAAAAGAGACGUGUUGGGUCAACAAUCAUAAGGGGGACUUCAUCUGGAGUGGUAAUUGUUGAUGGUACAUAUGCCUUGCAUGCAAAAUUGCGGUCAUUGCUGGACAUUCGGGUUGCAGUGGUUGGUGGUGUUCAUUUUAGUCUUCUGUCUAAGGUUCGAUAUGAUAUUGGAGAUUCUUGCUCCCUGGAUAAUCUCAUUGACAGCAUAUUUCCAUUGUUCAGAAAGCACAUUGAGCCAGACCUUCAUCACGCACAGAUCAGAAUUAACAACAGCUUUGUUUCAUCUUUUAGAGAGGCAAUCUACAAGUUGAAAUGUAAAAGCAAGUCACCAAAUGGACAUUCUGAUUACACGCUGAGUGGGCAGGAGGCGCAAACAGAUAAUUUUAUUGAGAUGUACCUUCGGCCCCCUUCAGCAAACGAAGAAGCUCGGAUAAAUGAUUGGAUCAAAGUGCGUCAAUCUGGAAUCCGUUAUUACCUUUCACUUGGUGAUCAGAGGAUUGUUGAUAAACAUUUUAUCAUCCGGCCUAAGGCAGAAUUUGAGGUCGGGAAGAUGACACUUGGUGGUUUGCUUCAACUAGGAUAUAAUGUUGUCGUCAGCUAUAAAAGGGCAUCAAUGACUUUCAACUUUGGAGAGGUUUCACUGGCUUUUGAAACUAUCGACUCUCUUGGUGAAACAUUCAUGGUGGUGAGGGGUAGUAAUCGAAAGACUGUUGGAUCUGAAGCUUUGAGACUGGGUGUUUGCGGGCCUUGGAUAAUUAAAUCAUAUUUAGAGCUAAUCCUUGAGCAAAAUGGAGUACCACGUCUUAAUACACCACCACCCUUAACUAGUACCUCGACGACACCUACUCUGGAAAGAGCAAUGUCUACACCACGGCCUAUUCGUGUUACUCCUAAUUUUGUUAGUCAGCUUGAAGAUCUGUCUCAACCAUGGACUCGAUCACCUACCAAAUCCAAGAUGGAACCUGUCUUAGCAACAUGGCAUUUUAUCUCAACAGUUCCAUCAAGUGUUGAUGCUUCUGUUUUAGACACCUCUUCUUGCAGGGACAGUAUGCAGCUUGCUCCAAUGCCUGAUUCAUAUGACUUUGAUCGAGGGUUGCUACUUGCUGUUCAAGCUAUACAGGCUCUGUUAGAGAAUAAAGGACUUCCAAUCAUAGUUGGGAUAGGUGGUCCUAGUGGCUCUGGCAAAACAAGUCUGGCUCACAAAAUGGCCAACAUAAUAGGUUGUGAGGUUGUUUCCCUUGAGAGCUACUACAAGUUUGAGCAUGUAAAGGACUAUAAGUAUGAUGACUUCAGCUCACUUGAUCAUUCUUUGCUGUCAAAGAACAUUGAUGACAUACGGAAGAGUAGGAGAACAAAAAUACCCAUAUUUGAUUUGGAGAGUGGUUUUCGGAGUGGCUCUAGGGACCUAGAAGUUUCUGAAGACUGUGGAGUGGUUAUCUUUGAAGGGGUUUAUGCUCUGCAUCCUGAUAUUAGAAGGUCACUGGACUUGUGGAUUGCUGUUGUGGGAGGUGUCCAUUCACACCUAAUUUCUAGAGUUCAAAGGGACAAGAGCAGAGUUGGUUGUGUUAUGUCUCAAAAUGAAGUAAUGAUGGCAGUGUUCCCCAUGUUCCAGCAGCAUAUUGAACCUCAUCUUGUUCAUGCACAUCUCAAAAUUCGAAAUGACUUUGAUCCUGUUUUAUCCCCUGAAAGCUCAUUAUUUGUCUUGAAAAGUAACAAGCAAGUUGCUUAUCAAGAUAUAUUGAAGAUUCUUGACUCUAUUAAGGUCUGCAGCUCUGUACAGAACUUUACUGACAUAUAUUUUAGGCUUCCUGGAAUACCUUCUAAUGGCCACUUAACGGAAAGUGAUUGUAUACGAGUCAGAAUGUGUGAGGGAAGAUUUGCAUUGCUGAUACGAGAGCCAAUACGAGAAGGGAACUUUAUUAUCCAACCGAAAGUUGAUUUUGAUAUCAGUAGUAGCACAGUGGUUGGGUUGCUUAACCUUGGGUAUCAAGCUGUAGCAUACAUUGAAGCUUCAGCGUACAUAUACCAAGAUGGAAAGAUUCUUGUUGAAGUUGAUAAUCUGCAAGAUGUGCCAAGUCCUUAUAUCCAAAUUAAAGGAGUUGACAAAGAAGCUGUAGUGGCUGCAGGCUCAAUGCUAGGGCUUGAUGGUUCAUACACUACUAAGAGCUAUUUGCAAAUAAUAUUAGAGAGCUUACCAGCCCUAGCAAUAGACUCCAGUGGAGUCCACACUCAGCAAUCUGCAAGACUACUGGAGCUUGUGGAAAUCAUUCAGUCUCAGGGAAGUAGCUCAGCUUCAGAAUCCUCUCCAGGCAGAGAAGGGGCAGCAAUUGAAAAUGCAAUUGAAGAGCUGCAGUGCAGAAUCAAGAGGCUUGAACGGUGGCAAACAAUCAAUACUGUAAUAUGGACUUUCUUGAUGUCAGCCCUCAUCGGUUAUUCACUUUAUCAAAGACGCCGUCGGUAGGUGGUUAUAUUAUUACAUAAGCUAAUUGUUGAGACUUCAGUUAAAAUUUUCCAAGGGAUUUCCAUCUGUCAUUAUACCAAAGACAGGAUGCGAGUUCCUUUCUUGUAUACAAAUCUCAGAAAAGGUAUAUAAAAUGGAUAUUGAUGGUGAUGAAACAGAUGCUCCUUCAUCUUAUAUCUAUUCAUAUUCCUUCAUUUAUCUCCAGCGGUCUAGGGUUGGCACAAGGUAUUAUGUGUUCUGUUGCUCACAUGUAUAGCUCUGAAAAGUUCCGUUCAUAAGUAAAGGUCAGGGAAAGGAAAGCAGAAUCAAUUGAAUGUUACUUCAAAGCUUUCUAGUACAUGAAAUCGUUUUACAAUUGAUUUCAGAUAUAUCGAUUGUGAAUAAUUACAGAAAGAUCACCCCAGGUUGGCCUGGCAUGCUAUUAGAUACAGAUAAAUCUGUUUCGCAACGUGUAUCUCAUUUUUGUUAACUAUUCUGUGUUUCUGGUAUAUUUUAAAGGAAAUUUUGACAUUUGCUACCAGGAAAAA